AUGGAAAAGAUGAGACCCGAGGAUGCCAAUAUUGUCGUCGACUCCACCUACUCCCGUUACCACGAAUCCGAUGACGACGACUCCCUUUCCUACGUCUCCGGUCAAUCCCUCGCCUCAAGCGUAACUCGCUACCGUUACGAAAACGGCCGCCGCUACCACGCCUACCGCGAAGGCUCCUACUACGCCCCGAAUGACGAUACCUACUCCAACUACGAAACCAUUGUGCACCACCUCUGGCUGCUCACUUUAGACGAUAAACUCUUCUUAGCUCCUAUCGCAGAACCUCACCGCAUCCUCGAUGUAGGCACCGGCACCGGCCUCUGGGCCGUCGACAUGGCGGAUGCCCACCCCAAUGCCAGUAUCUUAGCAACUGAUUUGUCUCCUACCCAAAGCACGACCGCACCCCCAAAUAUCCGCUUCGAAAUCGAUGACGCGGCAAGCGAAUGGACAUAUGCCCCGGAAUCCUUCGACUACAUCCACGUGCGCGGUCUCACGGGCUGCAUCCGCGACUGGCCAUUCCUAUACACUCAGGCGUAUGAACAUCUCGAGCCAGGCGGCUGGUUCGAGCACGCCGAGUUCUCCGUGACAACAAACGCCGAUCCUGAGGGCGAAAGUAAGGCGGAUAAAACGUACCACAACUUCUCUCAAACAAUAUUAACUAUCGGCGCCGAAAAGACUGGGCAACGCUUCGACACCCUAUUACACAUGAAGACGUGGAUGGAAGCCGCCGGCUUCACUGACGUCGCCGAGCAUCACUUCAUCUGGCCGAUCGGGCCGUGGCCUAAGGACCCCAAACUCAAAGAAUUAGGAAGGUGGGGAGAAAGGAAUUGGCAGGAUGGACUGGAAGGAUGGAUCAUGGCGCUGUAUACGCGGAUAUUAGGCUGGAGCUAUCAGCAGGUCAUGGAUUUUGUGGGCGAGUUUAGGAAGGUCAUUAAGGAUCGGAAGAAUCAUUAUUACCAGGACGUUAGGAUUGUGGUUGGGCGCAAGCCGAGAGAGGGAGAGGUGGUGAACGAGAGGGCGGAGGCGGGGGAGAUGGGAAGCUGA